GGCCCUUCGCUCAAGAAACACUAGAGAAAAGCUCCAUCGGCGAGACGAAGCAAGAAAAUAGUUUCUCCAAAUUUCUUCUGCUAUCGCCUUUGAUCCCAUCGCAUCUCCGGAAAUUGUGAAGACCGGCGCCCUAAUUCUGUGCAAUGGCUGCGGCUAUGACGGUGAGCUGCGCCGGUGGGCUACUGGCGAUGCUCAACGAGAGCCACCCAACUCUCAAGAUACACGCGCUCUCUAAUCUCAAUACCUUCGUCAACUACUUUUGGCCGGAGAUCUCCACCUCUGUCCCAAUCAUAGAAAGUUUAUAUGAAGAUGAAGAAUUUGAACAAAGGCAUCUAGCUGCCUUGCUUGUUUCCAAGGUUUUUUAUCACCUGGGUGAACUUAAUGACUCACUAUCAUAUGCUCUGGGAGCUGAUCACCAGUUUGAUGUGUCAGAGGAUUCUGAAUAUGUCCACACUCUUCUUGCUAAGGCAAUUGAUGAAUAUGCUAGUCUGAAGACUAAAGCAGCUGAGGCAAAUGAUGAAUCUGCAGUAAUUGACCCUAGACUGGAGGCAAUUGUUGAGAAAAUGCUUGAUAAAUGUAUUGCAGAUGGAAAAUACCAACAAGCUAUAGGAGUGGCUAUUGAAUGCAGGCGACUGGAUAAGCUUGAGGAAGCAGUUAUAAGGAGUGACAAUGUUCAUGCUACUAUUAAUUACUGCAUUGAUGUCUCUCAUAACUUUGUAUACAGAAGAGAAUAUCGUCUUGAGGUGCUCCGGCUUCUUGUCAAGGUAUAUCAACAAUUGCCCUCACCUGAUUACUUGAGCAUUUGCCAGCGCCUAAUGUUUUUGGAUGAGCCCGAAGGAGUAGCAAGCAUACUGGAGAAACUCCUACGAUCUGAAAAUGCAGAUGAUGCACUGACAGCAUAUCAAAUAGCGUUUGAUCUCGUGGAGAAUGAACACCAAGCCUUCCUUUUAAAGGUAAGGGAUCUGAUCCCCAGUGCCAAGAAGUCGCAGCCUUCAGAGUCAAAGCAGUCUGAUUCUGCACAGCCAGAUGCUGAUGCUGUGACAGGAAGUAUUCCUGUUGUACCGGAGGAUGUUCAGAUGACAGAUCGGACUCAAGCAGAUAAUAGUGCAGAAUGUUCUAAUCCACGUGAAGCUGCUUACGAUGAGAGAUUAACGAAAAUGAGAGGGAUUUUGUCUGGGGAGACUUGCAUACAGUUGACUCUGCAGUUUUUAUAUAAUCAUAACAAAUCAGAUCUUCUCAUUCUUAAGACCAUAAAGCAAUCUGUAGAAAUGAGAAAUAGUGUUUGCCAUAGUGCAACUAUAUAUGCCAAUGCCAUUAUGCAUGCUGGAACAACUGUGGACACAUUUCUUCGAGAGAAUCUGGACUGGCUGAGUAGGGCGACAAAUUGGGCUAAGUUUAGUGCUACUGCAGGACUUGGGGUUAUCCACAAAGGUCAUCUGCAACAAGGAAGAUCGCUAAUGGCACCUUACUUACCACAAGGUGGGGCUGGUAGUGGUGGUAGUCCUUAUUCUGAAGGUGGAGCUUUAUAUGCUCUUGGUUUAAUCCAUGCAAAUCACGGGGAGGGCAUUAAACAAUUCCUGAUAGAGAGUUUGCGUAGUACUAAUGUUGAGGUUAUUCAGCAUGGUGCCUGCCUUGGUCUUGGUUUGGCAGCUUUAGGCACUGCGGAUGAUGAUAUCUUCGAUGAGAUAAAAAAUGUCCUGUACACGGACAGUGCUGUAGCUGGUGAGGCUGCUGGUAUAAGUAUGGGUUUGUUGAUGGUUGGAACUGCUAGCGAGAAAGCUGGAGAAAUGCUUGCUUAUGCUCAUGAGACACAGCAUGAGAAGAUUAUUAGGGGUUUGGCAUUGGGUAUUGCACUUACUGUCUAUGGGAGAGAGGAAGAAGCAGAUACUCUGAUUGAGCAAAUGACUAGAGAUCAGGACCCUAUCUUGCGCUACGGUGGAAUGUAUGCUCUGGCGUUAGCAUACAGGGGAACAGCAAACAAUAAGGCCAUACGUCAACUGCUGCACUUUGCCGUAUCAGAUGUGAAUGAUGAUGUCAGAAGAACUGCUGUACUUGCCCUGGGAUUUGUUUUAUAUUCUGAUCCUGAACAGACUCCUCGAAUUGUUUCGCUGCUAUCAGAGUCAUACAACCCACAUGUUCGUUAUGGUGCUGCACUAGCAGUUGGAAUUUCUUGUGCAGGUACUGGUCUUAGCGAGGCCAUAUCAUUGCUUGAACCUUUGACAUCAGAUGUCGUUGACUUUGUCCGCCAAGGUGCUCUAAUUGCAAUGGCAAUGGUGAUGGUACAAACCAGUGAAGCCAGUGAUUCCCGUGUUGGUCAAUUCAGGCGACAACUGGAGAAAAUAAUCGUUGAUAAACAUGAAGACACAAUGAGCAAGAUGGGUGCAAUUUUAGCAUCUGGAAUCCUCGAUGCUGGUGGAAGGAAUGUGACCAUCAAGUUGCUUUCAAAGACGAAGCAUGAUAAAAUGACUGCAGUUAUUGGUCUGGCCGUAUUUAGUCAGUUUUGGUACUGGUACCCACUAAUAUAUUUCGUUAGUCUGGCGUUUUCACCAACUGCAUUAAUUGGUUUGAACAAUGACUUGAAAGUGCCGAAGUUUGAGUUCCUAUCAUACGCAAAGCCAUCAUUGUUUGAAUACCCAAAGCCUACGAUUGUACCUACCACUACUUCGGCUGCUAAGCUACCUACGGCAGUUUUAUCUACAUCGGCUAGAGCCAAGGCCAGGGCCAGUAAGAAAGAUGCGGAGAAAGCAAAUGCUGUAAAGGCCGAACCAAGUUCUGUAAAGGGAAAGGCAAGUGAGGAAGAUGACGACACCAUGCAGAUUGAUAGCGCUGCAGAAAAGAAGUCUGAACCUGAGCCAUCAUACGAAAUCCUGACCAACCCGGCUAGAGUGACUCCUGCCCAAGAAAAGUUCAUCAAGUUUCUUGAAGACAGUAGAUAUGUGCCGGUAAAGUCAGCACCCUCAGGCUUUGUUCUGCUAAAAGACCUUCGUCCAAGUGAACCCGAGGCAUUAGCUUUGACCGAUUCACUCUCAUCCACAGCACCAAAUGCUGCUGAUGCAUCAGCCACUGGACAGCAGGGCUCUGCCUCGUCAAUGGCAGUGGAUGACGAGCCUGCUCCCCCACACACGUUUGAAUAUACAUCAUAGUGGGAAAUGCUCCAUUUCCUUUCUCUAUGAUUCUGCUGAGUGUCCGAACGGAAAUCAUUGUGGCCCGAAAGUCAGUUAAUCAAAUACUUGGAGUUGUAUCCAAUGUUGAAUUGAGCUGUUGAGCUUCUGCUCUUCCUUCAAACCUGCUCGAUUAUGCUUAUUUGCUAUGUUAUAUAUGAAUGCGGGGAAACAAGAAGUCUGUAGAAAACUGCAUCGCAGGAAGUCUCGGUGAGCAGGGGCAGAAGUCGACCAUAUAAUUUCUAUGUAGAUGUACGGGUUACAGGAGACGCCGGUAGUUUAAUUUGUAUUAGAUCAACUUUGCUGUAAUUUUUAUCUUCACGUUUUGUAUUAGAACAUGGUUUCAACUUUGGUUUGUAUUAGACCGAUGCUGACGAUGCGAAUGAUCGUGCAGUUGCUGUGUAACUAAGUUGAAUUAUUAAAACAUGAUAGUGCUGA